CACUGAUGAUAUGUUAGACAAAUCCUGUAAACUAGCUGUAAAUGUUCUAGUUCAACGUAUGUGUCGCCAACUGUUAAUGUUAUAUAUAAAGCAUAGCUAAUACUGCAAUUCCGAGACGAGAUAACAUUUUCUACUGCGUCAAUAAAACAAAUUUGAUAGCGAGACUGUGCUGGAGUAAUGUAAACUCUCCAACAGCUCUCUUUGGUGUUGACCUCGAUCGAUGAUCAUUUAGGAGGGUUGUCAUAUUUACCAGCUUGCCGCGAAGUCCCUGAAUACAGCUCAGUAAUCGAGCAGUCUGAAUUCUUCACACGGCGUCUCUCUGCGGCCAUGGUAACACUUUCGUCAAUACUGGACCUCUGAUUCAAAAAGACUACACAAACAAGUGCUUUUCAUGCAGCUGUUAUUCAGUAUGAAUUUGGCAGACAUAUGUGACAACGCCAAGAAGGGCCGUGAGUAUGCUUUGCUGGGGAACUACGACUCCUCCAUUGUGUACUACCAGGGCGUCAUUCAACAGAUCCACAAGCACUGCCAGUCCCUCAGAGACCCUGCACUUAAAGUCAAAUGGCAACAGGUCAGGCAGGAACUGACGGAGGAGUAUGAGCAGGUGAAAGGCAUCAUGGGAACGCUCGAGAGCUUUAAGUCAGAGAAGCCGAUUGACAUCCUUGCUCCUCAAUCUGAGGAGAGACUUGAGGAUCCAUUAGUUUGGCCCCCUCCCACCCCUGCAGAACACAGGAAUCCUGUUGCAGUGAAGCGCCCCAACAGUGCGGUGAAGCAGCAGAGGAAGGACUCCCCUGGUCUGCAGCAUAGAGGGGCAGCGCCAGGAGGCCGCGGUCAGGCCAACCCUAAACCAGACCGGCCAGGAUUCAGAGAUGCCCGAGGCACAAAGGCCAAAGAUGAUAAGGGAAAGAAAGGGGUUGGUGACGCACCAGGGGAUGUAGAGCAGAAGAAGUUUGAUGGUACGGGAUAUGACAGCGACCUUGUGGACUCACUGGAGAGAGAUAUUGUGUCCCGUAACCCUAACGUACACUGGGAUGACAUUGCUGAUCUGGAAGAUGCUAAGAAGCUGCUGAGAGAAGCAGUGGUUUUGCCCAUGUGGAUGCCUGACUUCUUUAAGGGCAUCCGUCGCCCCUGGAAGGGCGUGUUAAUGGUCGGCCCUCCCGGGACAGGGAAGACAAUGUUAGCCAAAGCUGUGGCCACAGAAUGUGGGACUACUUUCUUCAAUGUGUCCUCCUCCACCCUCACCUCCAAAUACAGGGGCGAGUCCGAAAAACUUGUUCGUCUGCUGUUCGAAAUGGCCCGGUUUUAUGCACCAACAACCAUCUUUAUAGACGAGAUUGAUUCCAUCUGCGGCAGAAGAGGAACAUCUGAUGAACAUGAAGCCAGCCGCAGGGUCAAAUCAGAACUUCUGGUUCAGAUGGAUGGUGUGGGGGGAGCUCUGGAGAAUGAUGACCCCUCUAAGAUGGUGAUGGUCCUCGCUGCCACCAAUUUCCCCUGGGACAUCGACGAGGCGUUGCGACGGCGGCUGGAGAAGCGGAUCUACAUCGCCCUGCCCACAGCUGUGGGUCGUGUAGAGCUUCUAAAGAUCAACCUGAGGGAGGUGGAUGUGGCUGCUGACGUGGACCUCGACCUCAUUGCUGAGAAGAUUGAGGGCUACUCUGGAGCAGACAUCACCAACGUCUGCAGGGAUGCGUCCAUGAUGGCAAUGCGUCGGCGAAUCCAAGGCCUGAGCCCCGAGGAGAUCCGAGCUCUGUCCAAAGACGAGCUGCAGAUGCCUGUGACCAUGGAGGAUUUCACUCUCACACUCAAGAAGAUCUCCAAGUCUGUCUCUGCUGUCGACCUGGAAAAAUACGUAGCCUGGAUGGCUGAGUUUGGGUCAGUAUAGAUAACGGUACCGUUUAGACCCAGAGGGACCAGAACCUUGAAAGGAGGACUUGCAGCUUUGAAAAUGAUGAAAGCCUUUAAGAGGAGGGACUCGGGAGUGUAUGUCACAGAGCUGAGUGAACUCUAGUAUGUGAACCAGGCAGCACGAUAAUACAGGGGCUCAAGUUCACAUCAGAAGACUGGUGCCUUUGAGAGAGCAUGAUGAGAACUUUCAGUGGCUUCACUCCUGCCCUUUCACAUAUUCUCCCCUCUGUGUUACUUCGACACAAUUGUCCGUGUAGAGACUAUCAAUCAUUAAGACACCUAAGGAAGAAGGGAGUGAACAUCUCUCACACAGGGAACUUUUGGUGUAAAAAGUAGCCUAAUACACAGAGGUAGACCAGGGACUCCACACUAGUUUUACUUACACAGGCCUCUUGCAAGAACAUGUUUGUAUCCUUAUCCUAAACCCCUCUUACUUUUUGCGUCAAGCUUGUUCGUAAGAGUGUUCUGGGUUGGAUUCACCAAACUCUGUUAACUGUACAAACUUGUCGUAAAUUGCUCGUUUCAACCUGGUGAAUGCCAACUGUUUACAAGUAAGUGAGCGUUCGUGAGAUUUGAUCAUUUAGAUAAUCAACGCCCCUAAAAUUGCUGUGUAAGAGUCCCGGUUCUGCUCCAUUGGUGGGCAAGUUUCAUUUUAAAAAAUAUUUCCAAAGCUUCCAAGUUUAGCGGUGUAGGUAGUCGUAUCAGGAGACCUGAAACAAUUAGAAAAUCUUAUUCCAGCAGAGGGAUUAAGACAUGUUAGACUGGCAGGUGCAACAGAGGAUGUUUAUCUAGACAGCGACCUGUAAUAAGGCCUCUGAGGCAGCUGUCGGUGUGAGAGAAUGAUCCAAACACUGAAUUGUUUAGGUUGCCACUCCAAAAUAUGCCAAUAACACCUAAAUAACAAUAACAUGCAAAAAACGUUGUCGAACCUCUCAGUAAAUUGGCAAGCCGUGAUGAUGGUGAUAUGGUAGAUCACAGUAUUCAUUUUGCAUAGAGUUUGUUUUAGUUAUUUAUUUUAGUUGGUUUCUGUAACACUGCAAAUUCAUUCAGAUUAAGGCAUUAUAAUUCAGACUUUCUGGCAAAUCCAACAAGUUUUCUUAAAUCACUUGUACGUGCCACUUAAGAACAAAUCUGUUAGUACUUGUGAUUCUUGCAAGAGGCCCUUUGUCUUAAAGAACUGUAUGUUUGAGCACUUUUAAUGUAUUUCCUUCAGGAGCCCAUGUACUUACUACUGACUGAACACACUUGAAGAAAUGUCUGUGUUAUGUAGUGACUGAUUAUGUGUUUGUAUUUUUUUGUUGGUUUUAAUAUUUGUUUUCAAUUUUUAUUCUGUUGAGACAAACAAGUUGUUGUAGUCAAGCUGAAAGAACAUGACCACUGGACCCAUGGAUUGUUUAUUAAAGGUUACAGUUAAUUCUUGCCUAAAA